CUGUGUGUAAUUACACCUACAAUCAGAUGUUAACACGAGGACACAGAUGUUCCUCGAUUCAUGUCUUGACGUUUGCUGAAAAAAUAUGUUUCUGUCGAGACGUGCAACAUCUCAGACCCCUCGGGCAAGUGGACAAGAAAACACACAAACAUCACAAUGUCUGUUCUGCCCCAAAAAACAUCUCAACACUUUAACUCUUAUUUGUGUUCGUGUCGUCAUGACGCCGGGGUUUAGUCUUUGUAAUGAACACCGUUAUAAUGUAGAAUACUUCACCGUUAUAAUGUAGAAUACUUCACAAUGCUUCAUCAGCAUAAAGGAUUAAAAAGCCAAAGUAACAUAAUGUUUUAUAGAAAUAUUUAGCGUGACUUCAGUGAUAUAAACUUCAUUUGUGUUGGUUUGCUGAUAAACUGCAUGUAUAAAGUCUGUAAAAUAAAGUAAAUUAGAUGUUUCUUAUUAUCUCAGAGAUCCCUUGUGCAGAACACAGUGAGAUAUUUUAAAGCAAACCUGAACGUCCUCUCUUUCUCCUCUCGUCUCCUCUCGUCUCCUGCCAUAUCUGUAAAUCUGAGCUCUGAUUGGUCGGCUGGUGAGACGAGAAGUAACCAAUCGCUGUGUCUCCUGCAGUCUGUUCAUGACCCCACAGGAUGCUGCAGUUUGUUUUUAAUGAUCAAGGUGGUGUUUAAAACCUGCCUGAAUCCUCAGUGGGGCACAAACAUCACCGGAGCUUCUGCAGAACCUCAGAGCUGAGACCGGUCUUCAGAUAAAGCCUCUGCUCAGAGGCCCAAAUUCCUCCACACCUUUCACAGCAGGAAUCAAAAGCUGAAAAAUGGCUCCUCUGAGAAGAUCGACCUUCUCUCACAUGUUCACAGGAUGUUUGCUGACUACAGCCAUAUGCGCAGAGUUCCUCCUGGCCAUCCCAGUGUCUCAGCCCUCCAGGGAACUUGAUACCGAAAAGAUCGAUGCUGAGAUCUCCUCCAAGAGACUCAUCCGCAACCGGAGGAACAUCAGCUGGUACAAACAACACUCUGACUUCUGGAACUGGUACAAGUUUUUCAGCGACAAUGGCAACCAGCAGGGAGUUGCAGAUCUGGACCGUGUGUAUCUGGAAUACCUGCAGAAUAAGAACCGUGCUGAAUCCCAGCGCUCCUACAAGCUCUAUCUGCAGCAUAUGAGUGAGAUCCUCAAGUCAUGUGCCGAGUCUGAGGACCCGAACUGUGUGAACUCAUACAUGAGCAGGGACAAGCCCAAACCUGAGCCCCAGAGACAGGCACAGAUUAAACCCUGUGAUCCAUACCGGGAUCCACAAUGUCUCUAUGCUCUGGGAUACUCUGCUUAUCCGUAUGUGGCCUCUGUAAAGUCUCCAGCUCCUGCUUCUGCUCCUGCUCCUGCUCCUGCUCCAGUUAAAACCCCAGCCUACAUCCGAACCCCUGUGGUGAAAGCUCCAAGUUCUGGUCAGUACUAUUACGCUCCCAUGGCCCAGUCCUUCCUGUCUGCUGAGCAGAAAGCUGAGCUUUUGCGCAUUUGUGGUGCUGAAGAUGUUGAGUGUCUGCAGUACCACUUCCGUGGUGCAUACGGCUACAAACCCGCCGGUGUGCCGGCUCCAUCCUACGCCCAUCUAGGCUCCUCCUCACAGAAGGUGCAGAAAGCUCCAGCCGGUUUGUACCUUCAGUACCCCAACUGUGAUUCUCGUGUCAACCCAUAUUGUGCCUACGGCGCUGUAGCGGCAUCUCAGAAAUCAGAUGCACCAUCUUCUCAAGCUUCUCUCGAGAGGUUCUGCAACCCGUUAUAUGAAGAUAACUGCAACCCGCUGACGUCUACCAGAUAUGGAGCCGUAGCCCAUCACUCAGAAGAUCCCAAAGAUGAUCCAGCUUCUGUUGCAAGCCCUAUCCAGGAUCUACAAAACUCUCCUUUCGAUCCCUAUGCCAUGUUCCAGGAUGCUGCAGCUUCUUCUGCCAUGCGCAGGUUUCCCCCUGGUUCACGCCAAAUUCCACAACAUCCUCAGCCACCCACUAUGGAGGAGAACUCCCAAUCAUUUGGACCUCCAGGGAAGACCAAGGAGGGCUAUGAUUGCUUUAUUGGCUACGAUGAAGAGUGCUACCCAGUUCGAACCCAGAAUGUUCCCAGGACAUUCCCACAAAGGCAGCCUCCACGUUCAAUGGACAGCUAUGAGCCACACCUGAACGCAGAUGGCACCAGGAAGGGCGUGAUUGAACCUGAUCCUCACUGUGAUCCCGAGUAUGACAGAAAUUGCCGUCUGCAGCGCUACGUGCCUGAAGCUGAGGAACCAGAGACGGAGGAACGUGACCAUCAGGAACACAGGGAGGAACCGGUUCACCAUAAGGAACAGGGGGAAGACGUCUACCCUGAUCAGCAGCCAGACAACCAGGGCUACGAGCAGCAGCAGUAUGACCGCUACAUGAGCGGUCAGGAGGAUUCCUACGCCUCUUACGAUCAGCCGAAUCAAGGUUCUGUCAACUUCCAGGACAUCCUGAAGGCAUAUGCAAGCCGCUUCCCAAACCAGGAGCACCAGCGUCCCUACACAGGAGACUACAAGAAGAAGUAAGAAGCUGCAAGAAGGAACAUAACGAAUGAUGACGACAGAAACAGGACAGUGUGUGAGGUGUGAAAAAUGUUCACUCAUUAAAAAAGUUCACAUCAGGUGUAAAAAUGUUUGAAUGGCAAGCAGCAGCUUUAGCUUCAGCUCCAUAGUGCGAGGUGCAGACGUGAGACAGCAUUGUACAGGGUUUCAUUAGCUGAUGAUAAUUAUGUCAUUGGUUUAACUUCAUCUCACGUCAACGAUUAGUCGAAGUGAUUUAUAUGGUUUAGAGAAGAUUCCUGGUGCAACUUCUUGACUAAUGGAUCAUCUGAAACCACAUAUAAUAUUUCAGUAAAAUAUGUUGAGUAUUACAUUUUCCAGAGGUGGUAGAUUUCAUAACGUUUCUGAAUACGCAACAACUUUUUUCUUUGUCCUCAUUUCCCCUUUUUUUCUUUACAAUCUGCUGAUAUCUGUUUUAAAUCUUUUACAAAA